UACAUAGAAAGCUUCAAAAAAGAAAGAUAGAAAAGCGGAGCGAAGAAGACAGAGCUGAAAUGACCAAGUCGAACAAAAUCUGGCCGAAAUCAGUUUUCAACCAAAUGCUAAUGAAUGUGGAGUGGCAGAUCCGUGAAGGCAAGUUACACCCAUUUUUUGUUCCUCCUGAUCAAAUCAAACCAAAUCAAUGGGAACCGUGGCGAAACUGAGGAAGGAAUUCGUGCGUUCGAAUUAUUUAGCGUAUUACUAUCAAAAGCACAACUAUCAUGCGUCGGAACGCACAGCCGGUUUUGAGGAUUUGCUCCCCUCGUUUAUGAGGGCAUGCGAUCAAAUGGAGGAGGACAUGAGUCAGAUUAUUUUGAUUGUUGUUUACGGGUUCGAUAUAAUGAGGGUUGCGACUCAACUUGCAAGCCUCUUCACCUGGUUUCAUGAGAGGGGAUUUUCAUCUGGUGGUAUCACACCAGAAGGCAUAAUGAUCGACAGUAUCUUCAGCAUAAAAGUAUUCGACUUUGGUUUCCUUGCUCAUGUCAGGGAGGAGGAUAACACAGUUCCCACGUGUUAUCCUGUUCUCCCAGAUGUCCCCGAUACUCGAUACAGUGGUAUUCGGACUUUAAAAGCCGACGUUUACGUAUUUGGGUGUCUACUUCUGGAGUUGCUUGGCAACCGCCUCGAAGAGGAUUACUUGGCACCCCACACGUGGGCUGUGGAGCAGCGCAAAGCAGGGAAAAAAUCCAUAGUCAAAAAGUCACUUCUGCAAGAUAACGAUGAACUUGCUUUUAGCAUCACAAACAUCACACUGGAAUGUCUGAAUCCGAUCGAAGUUCUCUGGUCCCAGGCUGUGCGCACGGGUCUUCACACCGGCGACGAUCUCUUUGUGCGCGGCGGUUGACUGCUCACCGCUGCUCUAAGUCUGUUGCGCUCAGACAUACUCCUCCGAGACUUACCAAAGAGUUGGGAUUGGCCUGAUGUUGUUACCGGACAUUUUAUGGAUGGUAAGGUCUCCUUGCAAUGUGCUGGGAGUGUUUUCCCGAGGCAUACAGCCAAUUGGCUCGAUUCCAGUCAGGUAUUCGGACUUUAAAAGCCGACGUUUACGUAUUUGGUGGUCUACUUAUGGGGUUCAUUGGCAACCACGUCGAAGAGAAAGACAUGCCACUCUACGAGUGGGCUCUGGAGCAGCUCCAAUCAGGGAAAAGAUCGAUAGUCAAUAAAUCACUUCUGUAAGAUAAUGUGAGAACAAUCCAAACCGUUGCGUGAUAACAAUCCAAGCCGUUGCAGUUAUGUUUUAGAUUGUUUAUAUUUAUUGAUUGUAAAACUCAAAAAUCUGAAUUGUAUUAUAAAUUCGCAGUACGUUAUAUUUUGUUUUUUGGGGUGUUCAUCUCCCCGCCAUUGUAACCAUUCAU